AUGUACAAGGUAUUGGAGUGCAUUAUCCUGGACCGACUCAUUAAACAUCGCGAAGAAACAACGCGCGACGAGCAAGUUGGCUUUCUUCCUGGCCGAUCUACGAUUGACCAGGUGUUCAUCGUCAGGAGAGCCAUCGAAAUCUGGCAGCGGUAUUCGAAGCCAAUGCAACUAGCGUUUGUGGACUUUGAAGCCGCGUUCGACUCUCCUCACCGAGGCCGUCUUCUCAACGCGCUGAGCGUCGAUGGAGUACCAGGAAAGUUCGUUCGCUUGCUUGAUGACAUGAAUCAACGAACAACUGCUGCAGUUCGAACACCAGCCGGAUGUACAACACCGUUUGAAGUGGUAACUGGAGCAAGACAAGGGGCAGUAGCAGGACCUUUCCUGUUCAAUUUCGCAAUCGACGAUAUUAUGCCAAGAACAGUCGACAAGUGUCCUGCCGACAUUGUCUUAGCACCAUCUGGGUGCCCCUUGACAAACGUCGAGUACGCCGACAAUGUUGUUAUAUUCGCUGAAAGCAGUACGAAACUUCAACAUGUUGUCAACCUUGUAUCGAAGCUGGCUGCAGCCUAUGGACUACGCCUACGCCCUGAUAAGUGCAAGCAGAUGUGGAUCUCUUCGAGACCACGAACGGGAAUCAGGGUGGACGGACAACCGAUAGAACUCGUCGAUGAGUUCUGUUACCUAGGCUGUACGCUGAAGAACAAUGGCAGCUACGAGAGAGAUGUUCAGCAAAGGUGCGCUAAGGCCACUUCUGCAUUUAACUCCUUAACGAAAUACCUGUGGUCGACCCCCAUCACCAACGAAGUCAAGUUGCGAGUCUAG